AUGAAGUUUAGUACGUCCGUUUUGGUCGCUGUUUUGGCAUCUGUUGCAUCUGCCACUCCUAUUGCCAAGAGACAAGUCAAGUAUCUCGCACACCAAGUUGAUGCAUAUGAGUUGCCAGGAAAUUCCAAAAGAGAGGAGCUUCUCGGCUUUACCAACACCGGUACAAGAUACACUACUGAUUUAGAACUUGGUUCGAGUAAAGAGAAGGUCAAGGUCAUGAUUGAUACUGCAAGUUGGCGGUUGAAUGUUCCAGGUCCUGGAGCAAAAUGUCUCGACACUGAGCCUUGCCCUACGGGUAGUGUUUUCGAUCCUGAAAGAUCAACCACCUUCCACAACCUGAGCAUCCCACAAUCUUCAGGCUACGGAAGGGGUACCACCAAGGUGACUUCAUUCAGAGUUUACGAUGACGUUUUCUUUGACAAUGGUGACAAGAUUCCUCAGUUCCAAUUUGAUGUUGCUAAUGCUACUAGCUUUGAAUUGGGUUGGUUUGGUAUUAGACGCUAUUCUCAACAGGAUGCAUCCUAUGUUUAUUCUGCCAAGAAAGCUGGAUUGAUCAACACGGCUGGCUAUUCAUUGUACUUGGGAAACGGUGAUCAAUCAGGUACACUCUUGCUUGGUGCAGUUGACUCAGACAAAUAUGAAGGAGAUUUGGCCUUUUUUGACAAUACUGACUUCGAAGUUGAAUUUGAUUCUGUUACCACCGGUAACGGCCAAACAAUUCAAAUUGGAAGUGCCAUCGGCCUCGAUUCUGGAGAUCCAGAAAUCAGAUUGAACCAAAACAUUGUUGAUGCAAUCUACAAGGAAGUUGGUGCAAACAAAGAUGGUGAUGCGCCUUGUGCAAACGUGUUGAAUGUGAACAAGAGCUUAAAGUUUGCAUUAGGAGGUAUCACCGUUGAUGUUCCCUACUCGGAUUUGUUCUACAGGGAAUCCAGCGGUUCAAGUACUUGUGGAUCCUACAUCACCAACACUUACGCCACUCAAGGUGACCAAAACAUUGGUCUCCCAUUUGUUAAGCAAAUUUACCUCGCUAGUUCAUUUGACUCCGGUACAUUUGGUGUUGCUCCAGUUAAGCACACCGAUGAGAGUAACAUUGUUGAUUUCUGGUUUUAA